AUGGCUUCGGGCAUCGAUACCAAAGACGAUGUACACCGAUCUACAGACCAGCAGCACAACGGUAAUGUCUUCGAAACCCCUCCCCCGAAGCCCGCCAGCCUCGUCCGUCACCUCCACACCUACCUCUCCAUCGCCCUCCUCUUCCUCAACUACUUCCUCGCCCAAUACGACAAGUUCAUCCUGUCCUACUUCCAAUCCUCAGUCCUACGCAGCCUUUCCAUGAACUCCACGCAAUACGCCCUCAUCUCCGGCUACGCGACCGGCAUCGUGUAUGCGCUGCUCGCGCUGCCGAUAGCGUAUAUCGCCGACUACACUCAGGCGCGGGUCUGGGUGCUCAGCGUCGCGGCGACGUGGUGGAGUCUGUGUGUCAUUUUCCAGGGGCUUGCGCACAGUUUUUGGCAGUUGUUUUGCGCAAGGAUCGGGAUGGGCGUUGGACAGAGCUGUGUGGAGGCGCUGUCGGUCAGCUUGAUCUCGGAUCUGGUGGGUUGGAAGAACGUCUUUGUAGGCACGAGCGUACUGUACGUAGGCGUGUACAUUGGUGAGGCAGUGUCAGGUCAAAUUGCCACCGCUUUUACCAAGACGGGCCAGAGCUGGCAGGUUGCGAUGCGGGCGAUUGGAAUUGUAGGCAUUGUUAUUGCAGUUCUGAUCAGACUGGUGUUGAGGGAACCUCGCAGAAGGGCGAGCCUGGUGCAAUUGGGGCGGUGUGAUGGGAAUGCUACCGGUGAUACGUCUCUCGAUGGCGCUGGUGCCGUUCCACAUACGAGAGGUUCGAAGUUGAGAGCCGCUCGAUCCGAUUUUCUUGCCUCUCUGAACUACAUUCUCCGCAUGCGCUCCUUCUGGCUGUUGGUGUUAUCUGCUGCCUUCCGCCAGUUGUCGGGAUACGUUUUCGGCUACUACAUGCCGAGCUACCUUAGCAACACCUAUCCAUCUCACACAGAAAUAUACUCUCGCUACGGAAUCAUUGUCGGCGUCGUUGGUACGGUGACGGUCCUCAGCGGGGGCAUCCUGACGUCGUUGCUGUGGCACAAGACCCAGUUGACACCGCUUUAUAUUACCGCAAUUGGCGGGAUGAUCAGCAGCGUUUUCGUUUUGCUGAUGAUCUUCUCGAGGCAAAUUGCAGGCGGUAAUGAAGACCGAGGUAUCCGAAUCCUUUACAGUACUAUGAGCAUGGCCUACUUGACGGCAGAGCUUUGGCUUGGGGCGGUCUUCGGCCUGGUUGCUUUGUUGCUUCCGCCAGCGUACAAGACGUUCGGUCUUGCCAUUUGGAGUUCAAUCCAAGUUCUGGUCGCAAGUUCCGGGCCAGAAAUCGUUGGCUUGGCGUUGAAAGAUGUGGACUCGGAGAGUGCGGAGUACACAAAGGUCACGCAGAUCGCUUUGGCCGUCAUCAUUCCUACAGGCUACUGGCUCGCUGGUGUUGGGUUCCUGUUGGCUUUGCCGUUGCUGAAGAGGGACCUGCGGCAGGACUUUGUGCAGAAGCUGAGCAGGCGUAGACGGUGCGGGUUCUGGGCGUUUGCCGGCAUGCUUUGUAUUGUGGUUUUAGUUCUUUUCACAACAAGCUUGGUCUAUAGAGCUUGA